CACACGGUUCGUUGGGUUCUCAUAUCAUUUUGAUGUGUGCUUGCUGCUGUGUGUAGUGAAGUCUUUGCUUUGUAUGCUUUUGUGCUGUCAAUACCGGUUUUAUCGUCAAAAUCUGUUCCGUUUUGAAGGUCUGAAAUAGAAGUCUGAAGAUGUCGGGUAGAGGCAAAAGGAAGUUAGAAAAGCUUGUAGGAGAUGAAGAUGAAGUGGCUACAACUAGCCCCACACCUACAGGGACACCCACUGGGAACGCUGCCCGCAGUGCUAAGAGCAAGGCAGCCGUCCAAAGAGCUUAUCGAAGCUGUGAGAAAUCUAGAUGCCCUGCAAAGAUUCCUAUCUGCUCUGUAAAUGCCUAUGAAAGAUGUGCAGGCAGCGGUUACACAAGUAGAUGGUAUCAUUUAUCAGCAGGGGAGCAUUACUGCAAUGAGUGCUUCGAUUACUUCUACAGAAGCCACCGUGUGGGCUUCGAGCGAGUAUCAAGUUGGAAGCGAGAGUGGAGCUGUACUGGUAAGACUGAACCCAACCUACGCUCCUUUAUGACUGACCAGCAGCUACCCUAUUGGAUCCAGUGCACCAAGGCGGGAUGCGGCAAGUGGCGUACUCUACCCAGGGACAGAGAGAUCAGUACAGAGAUUAUCCAACAGUUCACAUGCUCCAUGGGGGUAACAAAUACGGAAGAUGGGGUGGCUACAGAUCCAUGCAGCCUGGAUGAAGACUACAGAGUCCAACAGACCCUCAGCCCUGAGUGGCUUGAGACGCUACUCUUCCCACCUCUCUUAAAGAACUCCCCAGCAGCCCCGUUCCUCUCCUCUUACUUCCCGGAUGGUGUGGGGCUCAGUGCAACCUGUGAGCUAGUCAAGAAGAAACCAGAUGAGAGACAAUCCUACUGUGGUACAUCAAAUAUACCAGUUGCAGGGGUUAGCCCGUACUUCCAGCCCUUCUACCAGCCUGAUGAGCAGGGAAAAGCCAUGUGCGUCAGACCGGAUAUGAUGGAACAUGAUGAAAUACAAGAAUUUCCAGAGUUCACAAAGGAACAACAGAUGUACUUGGCUCUACGGAACCUGGUGGUAGCACUCUGGAGUACGAGCUGCAAGGAGUUUUUAACCGUUGAGAAGUGCGUACAUCACCUGAUAGUGAGAGGACUAAUCCGAAUCCGCUGCGCUGAUCUCCUCAUACCAAUCAUCCACUUCUUAUCCCGUAAGGGUCUCAUCAACACAGGGCUGCUACGAGACCCACCGGGAGGAUCCUUGCUACCUCAGGAAUACACACAGACGGGUCCAGUAAUAGUCAUCGGAGCAGGACCAGCAGGUCUGGCUGCUGCACGUCAAUUAGUGAACUUUGGUUGCACUGUUACCGUCUUGGAAGCGCAGGACCGAAUCGGCGGCCGGGUCUGGGAUGAUGAGAGCCUGGAGGUGUGCGUUGGUAGAGGGGCUCAGACCAUCAAUGGAUGUAUCAACAAUCCUAUAUCAUUAAUGUGUGAACAGGCUGGCCUGAAAAUGAGAACAAUGAAAGACCGCUGUGACCUGAUGGAGAAAGACGGGACUUUAAUAAAUGCUUCCUUGGAUCGACGGGUAGACUUCCACUUCAACGCUAUGCUGGACGCCAUUGCAGAAUGGCGGAAAGACAAGACACAUACUGGUGAUGUUGCACUGGGAAAGAAACUUUUUGAGAUGCAUAGAAUAUUCAUGGAGGAGACGAGUUUAACAUUCACACCAACUGAGAACAGAUUACUGCAGUUUCACAUCAGUAACCUGGAGUAUGCAUGCGGCUGUAAUCUCUCAAAGGUUUCUUCACUACACUGGGAUCAGAAUGAGAACUUUGCCCAGUUUGCUGGUGACCAUGCCCUCCUGACCGAUGGUUACUCAGCCAUCUUCAGCCAGCUGGCUGAGGGGUUGGAUAUCAGACUCCAGCAGCCCGUCGUCAGCGUUGACUACUCCGGCCAAACGGUCAUGGUCACUACGAGUAGCGGACAGGAGUUCAAAGCAGCCAAGGUUUUAGUGACGGUACCCUUAGCCAUCCUACAACAAGGACUAAUUGACUUCCAUCCUCAGCUACCAGGAGAGAAGCAGAAGGCCUUGCAGACAUUAGGAGCCGGCGUUAGUGAAAAGAUUGCGAUGAAGUUCCCCAGGAGUUUCUGGAGUAACAAGAUCGAGGGAACAGACUACUUUGGCUACACCCCGGUGGGUGAGGACUCUAGAGGAUUCUAUAGCGUCUUCUAUGAUAUGACUCCAAAUAGUAAAGAUAGCCAUGUCUUAAUGACAGUACUGAGCGGUGAAGCUGUAGUGAAAACCAAAGAGAUGACGGAUGAGAAGAUCAUCGCUGACUGCAUGGAAUGCUUACGAGGGCUCUUCCCUGAUGAGGAGGUGCCAGAUCCGAUGAGUUAUUUUGUGACCCGAUGGAGUAAGGACCCUUAUGCACAGAUGGCAUACAGCUUCGUCAAGACAGGAGGGAACGGUGAAGACUAUGAUACUAUGGCGCAGGAAGUAGACAAGAAGGUGUUCUUUGGUGGAGAGGCAACAAAUCGUCACUUUCCACAGACAGUAACAGGAGCAUACCUCAGCGGUGUUAGGGAGGCCACCAAGAUUGUCUCCUGUUGAUAAACAUUAUACAGGUACAUGGGGAACCCACGCCCAGUAACAGGAGCAUACCUCGGGCAAGUGGCCAAGACCGUCUUCUAUUGAUGAACAUUUAUAGGACAUGCAGAGAUGCAGGUACUAGGGGAACCCACGCCCAGUAUACCCAUUUUUAUACCCAUUGUGUGCACCAUAUUCAUCAAGGCAACAAAUCAUCACUUCCAACUUGCUAUAAAAGGAUCGUACCUCAGCGGUGUCCUCAGCUACAUGUACCAAGAUCGAAAUUAAGUGCGGGGGGGUGAUAAAACGGCCUCGUAUACCCAGUCUUAUACCCAGUGGACACUUCACAAGUCACGACAACAAAUCAUCACUUCUCACAGAGUGUAACACAAGCUCACCGUAGCAAUGUCAACAAAUUUCCAAGACCGUGUCCUGUCGAUGGAAAUUAAGACACACAGAGAUACAGGUAUGUAACAUAGGGAUGGCCCGCCCAUGUUGUAAACCCAGUGUUGUCGACAUCCAGGGUUGUACACCAAGCAAGUGAGGGCUACAUUUUUGUACAACAUUACUUUCCACAUUUACAUGAGUUUACUUUGGUGGUAUCAGGAAAUCUCAAAAGAUCAUCUCAUGUUGAGGACUGUACAGAGAUACAGGGUUCGAGUUUGCACAAGGACCAAUGGUUAACAAUAGACCUUUAUC